CCCCUCCCCCCCCCCCCCCUUCCCCCGGCUCACAAUCCAAUCCACAACCUUGUAGAUCCACCGCCUCCCUGAUCCGAUAGCCUCCGCCGACCGGAUCCCGCAGGGUUCGGGUCUGCGGCGAUUUAGAUGGUUUACGAUGGCGCCGUGAAGGACCAGGAGAUCUCGACGAACCCAGCAUCGGCGGCAGUAUCGGAGGCAUCGGCGGCGGCGGCGUCGGAGGCGGUGGUGGGCGCGAGACCGGAGAGGCCAGCGCACGACAAGCGGCUCGGAGUGCGCCACCCCUUGAAGCACCGCCGGUUCCGUGCGGGGGGGAAGGUGAUGGUGGAGCCCGGGGCGCUGCCAUCCGCUCAGGCGGUGGAGGGGGAGGAGGCGAGCGAGGUGGAGGAGGAACAGGAGGAAGCUUCGUCCGCGGAGACGGAGAUGCUGGCUGCUGACGUGGAGCUGUCAUCGGCGCCGGCAGCAGUGGUACAACAAAUGGACGUCGAGGGGGGCGAAAUGGAUGUGUCACCUGAGGCAGCGGUGGCUGUGGGUGACACGGAGUUGGAGGCCCAGCCGGGCGACGAGGAGGAGGUGUCGUUGGUGGUGGUGGCGGAAGGGGAGAGGAAGCAGGAGGCCGCAUCUGUAACUUUUGUGCCUGCUGUGGAGGUACCGAAGGAAAAGGAUCAGGAGGAGAAGGAAGAGAAGGAAGAGGAGAGGAAGGAGGAGGAGAGGGAAAGGCAGAAAGAGAAGGAGAGGGUGGAUGAGGUGGGCUACAUGAGUGGAGGAUGGAAUAGUGAUGAUGGAAGUCUGAGUUGUGGAUAUUCAAGUUUUAGAGGAAAAAGGGCAAGCAUGGAAGACUUCUAUGAUAUAAAAUCAUCUAAAGUUGAUGAUAAACAAAUAGAUCUCUUCGGAAUUUUUGACGGUCAUGGUGGUUCACGUGCUGCUGAGUAUUUAAAGGAGCACCUGUUUGAGAACCUCAUGAAACAUCCGGAGUUCAUGACAGAUACAAAAUUAGCAAUAACAGGUGAAACAUAUAAAAAAACAGAUUUAGAGUUCUUGGAUGCUGAAAGGAACUCUCAUAGAGAUGAUGGCUCAACUGCAUCAACAGCAGUGUUGGUGGGCGACCACCUUUACGUGGCAAAUGUUGGAGACUCACGGGCUGUAAUAUCAAAGGCGGGCAAAGCAAUCGCACUCUCUGAAGAUCACAAGCCGAACAGAAGUGAUGAGAGAAAACGGAUUGAGAGUGCUGGUGGGAUUGUUAUGUGGGCUGGAACUUGGAGGGUAGGUGGUGUGCUUGCAAUGUCUCGGGCAUUUGGCAACCGUCUGUUGAAGCAAUUUGUCAUUGCAGACCCUGAGAUUCAGGAACAAGAAAUAAAUGAUGAAUUGGAGUUUCUGAUUAUAGCUAGUGAUGGGCUGUGGGACGUGGUUCCAAAUGAGGAUGCGGUUUCACUCGUGAAGAUGGAGGAGGAACCUGAGGCGGCAGCCCGGAAGCUGACAGAGACUGCGUUCUCCCGAGGGAGCAGCGAUAACAUCACAUGCAUCGUUGUGAAAUUCCAGCGUGACAAGAUGGGCGGUGAUUCCCCACCUUGAGGCGACAAGAGUUGAUUCCAUUUGCUGUUGGUUAUACAUGUCGGUCCUCACCUUAAGCCGGAUUUUGCUGGCUCCAUGGUCCUUAUAGCAGCGCGGCUGGUACUAUAAGAGUUGGUUCAUGUUCUUUGCUUGUCCAUAUAUCCCUAGUUUUGGCGCCUCCUCCGGUGGUUUACAAGUUACAGUGCUAUUUACGUAGGUUUAUUAUCGGUUCUUCUUAUA